ACUAGCCAAUCGGCGCAAAACAGCUUCUCGGGUAUGCGUCGACGACCGCUCACAGCAGCGCUGGUACUCGGCGCAUGCACGGCUCUGAAACCACCAGACUUCCUGCGCAAAGCUGCAGAGAGCCUGCGAGCGGCCACGUCCGGGCCGCCGCCACCACAAAUCCAAGCGUUCCUCGCCGGCGCCUCAUCACAAGCAAAACGUGAGUACGCCGCGUUGCAAGACGCCUUUCCGGUGGGAGCAUCUGAAGACGUGCAAUUAGAAUAUAGCGCGUUCGAGCAAGUCUUCGCGGGCCGCCAAGCGAGCGGCUCGUCGGAGACGGCGUGGGCCCAGCAAGAAGCGUUCGAGUGCCGCGGCGAGGUCUACGCUUUGGAGCCGCACGCGCCGGAUCAGCUCGUCGCUGCCGUCCGACGAAACGGCCGAGGCGGCGUAGGACGCCUGCCGCGCGCCGUCGCCGUGGACAGGGCGCGAGCUCUGCGGGACCACGUCCUGCGCGUGCGCGACGAUUCACCGCUCGUGGGCGACAUCCUCGGCCCCAGCGACAACUCCAUACCGGACGCGCCGCAAACGAGAUGGGACGUGUUCAUGGACCCCGCUGACCCUGAAGUCGCUUCCGUCGUCCAAGAGCUCCUAGCGGGCCCCGUCGGCGCCGCCUUCGCCGAGCUCUGCGGGCCCGAUGCGGUUCUACGUGAAUGUUCGGCCGUGGUCUCGGCGCCCGGGUCUCCGCCGCAGCCCUGCCACAGCGACACGAAGUGGACCGAGGACUUGGUACUCGCGACGUGUUUCGUGGCCCUGCAGGACGUCGGGCCGGAGCUCGGUCCGACUAGAUUCCUGCCGGACACGGCGACGGCCGACGCGCACGGAGCGCUCGCCGACGCCCUCGCGGCGCCCGACGCCGCCGCGGCCGUCGUGGCGUACGCCGAGACGGUCUCGCAGCUUGCCGUGCUCGACGCGGGCGACGCGACGCUCUACGAGUCGCGGCUGCAGCACGCGGGUACGCCGAACUUUGGAGAUAGGGACCGGGUCCUCUUCUACGUGUCGUUCGGCCGCGAGCCGGAGGACGCGCCGACGAGCAUCGACCCGGCCGUGGCGGCGCGCGGGCUGCGGCUCGGGGAUUUUCGUUGAUGUUGUUUAAGUUGUAUCUGGGAUGAA